CCUAAAAGAUGAAGCUGGAAGUUGAAGUUGUAUUCAAAGAAAUGAUUAAGCCAUCUUCCCCAACCCCUCAUGAACUUGGUCAUCACCAACUCUCCUCGAUCGAUCAAGAAGUGGCUCCUGUUUACAACCAUCUGGUCUUGUUCUACCCGACCAAACCUAAUGUCCAAACCAACAACAUCAGCAUCCCCGAUCUCCACCACUUCAAACUGUCCGUAUCCCAAGCUCUAACCCACUUCCAUCCCCUAGCGGGACGCAUCAGAAACAACUCCUUCGUCGACUGCAACGAUGAAGGAGUUCCCUUUAAAGGAGCCAAAGUCAGGUGCCGACUAUCGGAUUUCUUACACGAUCCCGUUCCCGAAGAACUCAACAAGUUGUUCCCUUUCCCUCUCGAUGAUGCUGCGGAAUUGCCGAUGGGAAUCCAGUUCAACGCUUUCGAUUGCGGUGGAAUCGGGAUCGGUUUGUGUGUUUCUCACAAGAUCGGCGACGCGUCAUCGUAUUUCACGUUUUUGAAUACAUGGGCAGCGAUUUCUCGUGGGGACGAUAAGAACGUAGUUAAACCCGAGUUUGUAUCGGAUAAGCUUUUUCCGGCACGGAACUCGUCGCCGCCUGAACCGUGGUUGGCGCCGACAAGUGAAAAGAACGUAGACACGAAGAGGGUGGUAUUUACUUCGUCUAAAAUAGAGGAAAUCAGAGCAAAAUAUGCAGCUGAAAAUGGAAUCCACCCUUCACGUAUCGAGGCCUUAUCAUCUUUCAUAUGGACUCGUUUCGUCGCUUCCACUAAAGAGAAACCAGCCCAGGAUGAGUUCUAUGUGAUUCUUCAUACCGUUAAUUUACGCACAAGAUUUGAGCCGCCGCUUUCAGCUCAGUCUUUUGGGAACAUUUUUCACCUUGCAAGAACAGUUCCUUCCAUGGAAAAAGAAAAUGACGGUGGAUCAUAUAAUCUGGUCAGCCAAAUGAGAGAAUCCAUCAGAAAAAUCGACAAAGAUUACGUGAGGAAGCUUCGGGUUGGUGAAAGUGGUUCCUUUAAGGGAAAGACUAUCCCUUUUAUCUUCACUAGUUUAUGCAGGUUUCCACUGUACGAAGCUGAUUUUGGUUGGGGGGAACCAGUAUGGGUAAGUUCUGCAAAUCUGGGCACCAGGAAUCUGGUUGUUUUCAUGGAUACUGCAAAUGGUGAUGGAAUAGAAGCUUGGAUUCAUCUCAAUGAGGGAGACAUGGUCGAAUUUGGAAGCAAUGAAGAAUUGCUUAACAUAGUUUAAAAGCUGUCUAAAUGUGAUAAAACGUUUAAUUUAACGA